AUGUAUGAAGGCCUUCCCAAAGUAGAACCCAGACGACCAAUUCAGUUCACGUCAAAGCCUUCCUUAAGGAUCGAGCAUAGAUACACUUUAGUUCAAAAUAUACUUCACGAUGAAUACGUGCUAGAGUCAUACUUAAAUUUUUUGGAAACAGUUCAUACCACUAAAGCAAAUAUUGACAUUGUCGGUACCAACUUUAGAAAUGCAUUGGAAAUAGCAAGCCAAUACCCAACCCCAGAAGUUAAAUCCUUACUCUUUAAUACUUGGUAUCAAGUGUUUUUACGUUCUGGUUCCAAACAAGACACUUUCAAAAUCAUCCAAUUGAAAAACGAGCUUUUGCUGAAUAAGGACCGUUUCAUUCAUUUCAUGAUGAAUGAAAGGGAAUAUAAUUCAUAUGAAAAGUUGAUAUUACCAUUAUUAUCUUCCGAAAAUUCGAGUAUUGAAAAAUCUUACGCAGAUAUUUUGGCCCAAACUAUGCGAUUGGAUACUGAUAGUGUGGGAGGAUUGAUUUUUGAUAGAGAAAGAAUGAUCCUUUAUUUGAAGAAAUCUUCGGUAUCUUUACCGGAUAAAAGACGCUUUUUAGAUAUUUUUGCUCGUAAAGGUCUUCUUCAUUCCUCAGAUAUAGAUGACUCCUAUUAUAUAAUAAGAAGUUUCUUCGAUUUAUUAAGAUUUGUCGGUGAUGAACAUCUUGAUUUUACCACCCCAAAAUAUAAUGUUUAUAAAACUUCCUUACAAUUAAUAGCUGAACUGCCUUCAGGUAUAGAAAUCGAGGAACAUGUCACCAAGUUAAAACAGAUUAUCGAAUCACUCUAUGAUUCAUCCAGAUAUCGUAAUUUUUUAACGUCAACAAUGUCUGCAUUAAUAAUACCUAGUCUCACUCUCCAUUAUUGGGAACACAAAUAUAGAUUACAUCGCUUGCUCGAAGGAGAGUCGGAUGUUUUGAAUUAUAAAGAUCUCAAAUACGGUAUGAACGCUCUUAGGAAACAGAAGAAGUAUGAGGAUGUUUUGAAACUUUACAAGAACUUUCCCACACUUCAUCAUGACGAUCAAAUUGAAAUUUUGUUACAGGUUAGUGAAGAAUUCAAAGAUUGGAAAUUGCUUCAACAGCAAUUUGAGGAAAUGUACGGAAGAGGACAACUACCGUUCGUUAACCAUUAUGCUAUUGUCAUGAAUGGUAUUGCCUCUAUUGGUGCACGAGAGCAAAUUGAAAAAUUAUACCAUCAGUUAAUGAAACGUAAAAUUAAGCCAACUCCUGCAAUUUUUGCUGCUUUGAUAAAUUCUAAUGUAUUUCAUGAUGAUGAAGAAAAGGCAACUUACUGGUUUAAUCAAUAUCAGCAAAAUGUUCAAGAUGAACAGAAUAAUGCAUCACUGGCGUAUCUAUACUCGUUACUAUUCAAGCUAAAAUUUAAAUCCACAAAUGUCAAUGGGGCCCUUUCUUUAUUCACCAGCGCUCUCGAUAUUCAAGAUAGAACAGGCUCACAACUCAUAGAUUCAGAUUUAGUGGCCCAAUUGAUCAAAUAUCUUAACGAUAACUACGCUUUGAGGGACAUUGAGCAUAUAUUCAAAUUGGCAAAAGAACGAGAUAUGGAUAGCAAGGAAGUUUAUAUUGCAUUAACUCAAGCUUAUAUACGGUUUGAAGAAUUUGAGAGAGCUGAGUGGGCCGUGCAUGAAGGCCAGUCAGUAUCAGAUGUUCCAUUCAGGGGUUCUGAUAUCUAUACCCUUCAAUUGAGAAAUUAUAGACAUUGGUAUAAAGCUUCACUUGACCCAAAUAUGAAAGAUUUUGUACACGAGAAAGCCUGGCAGAUAGUCUAUUUAGCUGAAAAACACGAAAUGAGUAGGAAGUAUCUGGCAGGGCUUUAUUCCGAGCUCAUUAGGUUUCACAUUCGAUCAGAUUUUGACAAAGCUUUAGAAGUCCUCGAUGAGGUUAAGAAACAGAAAAUUUUAGAGGAAGGGCACUUUAUUCCUUUCUUAUCACAUUAUUCAAAAUUAGAUAAUUUCGAAGGAUACCACCAAAUAAUGGAUUCUUAUCGUGAAAUGGCGUCUCUCAGACUUAAGAUUACUACCCUGACAUACUACUACCUUAUUCAAUCCUUAAUACAUUUUGAUAAGAUCAGAGGAGAACGUUCCUCUUUUAAGUUAUUAAGUUCAAUAUUCGAAUUGAAUGGUUUAACCAUAGAUGAGACGGAUAAGCCAUCUGCUUCAGAAUCUAAUUUUAAAAAUGAAGCUCCAAACUUGUGCAGAAUUGUCUGCAGAUUUGUCCUAUCUGAUGUUAAGAAUCUGUAUAUGUCCAAUAGUCAACUCGUGAAUCAUUUCCUAGAUCAACUAAAAGUAAAACUUGGGUCAAAUCUACCUAUUAAUUUAAGAAUAGCGAUUUAUCAAGAAAUGUCUAGACUAUAUGUCUCCCAAGGUAAUCUUGCUUUAGCCGAGAGAUUAAUUGAUAGUGGGCUCAAUGAUAUUGAAAAAAUACUGAGGACUUAUGUCGAAAAUCACCCAUUUUCUCAAAAGGAACUUAUAGUAAUUCCAUUUGGACUUCAAAAACCUUAUCGAGACUUAGUAAAAUUCAAAUUUAUUUGCAUUGGCCAUAACAGUGAAGGGCCAGCUAAUUAUUUGACGGUAUACAAUAAUUCAAAUAUGAAUAAUGUGAGAUUAACGGGUGAGCAAUACAGAAUCAUAAUUAAAAAUAUUCUUCUUCUCCCUAACGAAGAGCUGAUUCCUAUUGUUCUUGAUAUUUGUGAAAAAUAUUUAGUCAGAGGUAGUAUGAUUGAACGUAAUCUUCACAAACAUUUGCAAUAUAUGUAUAAACUUAUCCUAACCUAUGCAUCCAGACAUGACAAUCACGAAUUUCUCUCAAAAUCUUUUGAUAUAUUUAGCAGAUUUUACGAUGCCGAUAUCAAUGUCCUUCGAAAUAGAUGGCCAGGUGGUGAUAUCAGAGCUUUUAUCAAUAGAAAAUUGGAUGAGUUUAAUCACACAUGGCACAGACGUGGAUGGACUCUCGAGAAAGUAAUGAAUUCUCCAAUCAAAUUUUUCAACCCAGAACAAAGUAUAUACUCAAGUAACAAGCUUGAUUCUGGAUUAGCAAACCGCAUACUCAAAGAGGUUAAAAGGUACUGCAGAGGUAACAAAAUGAGGGCCUUCGAACUAAUGGAUGACUUUCCUGAUACGAUGGAUUUCUUGCUAUACGAUCAAAUAUCGAGAUUUCGUUAUCGUUUAUUCCGCAAAGAGAUAGAUAAGAUAAUAUCACCUCCAGAUACUAAAGAAAACUUGAAGGAUCGUGCAAUGCGUACAUUCGAAGCUCUCUCUAUUGCAAAGGAUGAUCCUAACAUAAGAUAA